AUGGAGCGCACCAAGGCCGAGUGUGACGAGAUCGCCUUCCACUACCCGGGCGUGCUCAUGAAGCAGCUGUUUGCCGCUCUCGUGCUGCAGGCGGCGGUGCUCUUCGACUGGACAUACGUCCACUUCGACUGGAACUUCGUCGAGCCCAUCACGUACCUCGUCGGGUACAGCGCGACUUGGAUCGCCAUCGCGUGGUAUGGCGCGAUGCAGCAAGAGUUCGGCUACGAGUCCCUGCAUCGCUUUCUUCAGAACGCCAAGCGUGUGAGGCUCUACAAGGCGCACCAAUUCGACCAGCAGGCUUACGAGGCGCUGCGGGUGGAAGUGGCGAAGCUCGACAGGGUGGUGCGUGGAUUGGAGGGGUUGUAG